AUGGGUCCCAAACGUAACAGCACAGAGGCUGAAGAGCAAGCAGCCGUGUAUAUCCAGGCCUGGUGGCGGGGCACUUUGGUGCGCAGGACGCUGCUGCACGCGGCGCUGAGGGCAUGUGUUAUUCAGUGCUGGUGGAGACAGAAGCUGGCGGAGAACCUGGAAAACCGGCGUCGCGAAGCGCUACAGUGCUAUGCCCGGCAAGAACGCGCAGUGGUCAAACUGCAGUCCUGGGUCCGUAUGUGGCGCAUCCGACUCCGCUACUGCCAGUUGCUCCACGCCGUCCGCAUCAUCCAGGUCUACUGGCGCUGGCAUAGUUGCCAUACUCGUGGCUUCAUUCAGGGACAAUAUGACGUCAAAGAAAACCAGCUGAAUGUUCAACUUGAAAUCUCUUUGGGCUCACAGGCUUGCAGAGUGCAACAAUGCAUACCCUUUCCAAUAAAGGAAUGA